AUGGCCGAUGAGCUGAUGGCCCCGCCGGAGCGCGAAUUGGCCGGUCGCCGUGCGGACGAGCUGCUCGUCCUGCGCCUGGGGCUGGCACAGGUGACCUUCGCCGACACGGUUUUCGGCCUGAGCCUGGCUGAUAUCGAAGUCCGGGCGCGGCUUCCACGCGGCCUGGCCGGCGAGCAUCCCUAUCUGGCCGGCGGCGCGGACACGCGGAGCCCGGCGCUGGGGGCCGCCGACACGGCCCCGACGGCCGGCCGGCCUGUCCUCCUGUCCGGGCGCUUGGCCUUGGUGGAAACGCGCAUCAGUCUGCCGGGGCUGCUGGCCAUGGCCACCAUGGCCCGGCCGCUGGUGGACUCGGCCCUGGAGGCCCUUGCCACCCUCAAUGGGCCUGCCAAUGCUGGCGGUGGUGCCGCGACCGCCGGCGCCUCCGGCGCUCUCCCGGUGGACCACUUCUACUUGGACAGCUUGCCAACUUCGGAGGCGAUGCCCACCCCGGCCGCCCCGGUGGCCGGUGGCGCCGGCCCGGACAACGGGCUCUCCGACCGGCCGGUGGUGCUGAAUAUCAGCACUUGCUUCAGCCUUGGCCGCUUGAUCUUGGCCUUAGAUGGGCUGUCUUCGGAUGCCGUGGUCCCGGGCCCCGGGCGCCGGACGGGGGCCUCUUCGCAUGAGGCCCACUCGCCGCGCAGCACGCCACGCGCCACGCCGGCCAACCUUCCGCGCUCCAUCCGCCGGGCUCGGUCCUCUUCCUCGUCGGCGGUCGGCCCGCAUCCGAGCGCCGCCGCGGCCGCCCCCGGGCAGGAGCCCUCCUCUCCGACGGCUGGCCUGGGAUUUGUGCCAGCCUCCACUGCGGCCCCCUCCUCCGGGCCCGCUGCCCCGGUGGAGCUGGGCGUGCGCUUCGAGCUGGAUCGCCUUCGGGCGGCCUUCAUCAGCCGACCCCCGGGCGUCGCUGGCGCCGGGACCGAUGACCCGACCCCGGAACGGGGGUCGCUUCUAUUGCGUCUGUCCAUGCACCAGGCCGGCUUCUUCCUUAGCCGGCAGACGUGUCCCUCGGAGGGGGACAUGCCCGGGGGGUCGGAUUCCCGGCCGGCCAGCCCGGCCGACUCGCCCUCGGGCCCCAGCACCCCGGCCCCGACGGCCACGCCGGUGGAUUUGCUCUGCCUCGGUGGGGGCGGGCUGGAUGUGCGGUGUUGGUUCCCGCGGCCGGCUCCCGAAGCCGGGGGCCCCCGGGCCCCGGGCCAGGACGCCGGCCCCGGCCUCGCGUCCUCCUCGGUGCGCGUGCACCUCGACAGUUUGGCCUUGGCCACGCUGGAGGAUUGCGACCUGGAGACCGUGGUGCUGGCCGUGUCGCCGGUGGCCGUCCACUGGCUGACGAUCAUCCUCCCGUGGUUCUUGGCCGCCAUGGCGCCGGCCGGCUCCCGCGCCAGCCGGACCGACCCCGGGCCCGGGCCCACACGUUCGGCCAGCCGACGCGGGUCUUCCAGCAGCUUGGCCCCCUCGCCCGGGCCCAGUCCCAUGGACCACUUCCAGCAUGCCUACCAGUCGCCGGAGAUGGGGGCCAGUCGACCGACCACGCCGACCCCGGCCGCCCUGGCCAUGUCUCCCCUGCCUCCGGGGCCGCCGCCGACCACGCCGCCGCCCGGGUCCGGCGCACGCCACUCCAAGUCCCUCUCAUCCGGGUCCAUCUCCUCGGCCUCGUCGUGCUCCGGCGUGUCCACCUACUCCGUGGACCGGACCAUUUGCCCGGCGGCCUUCGAGGCGAUCAUGCCUUCUGCCCGGCCGCACAGCAUGCUGCGCAUUUACUCCGACACAUCGGCCGUGUCGAUGGCAGACUCCUUGGCUGCUCGCUUUGGCCUGGGUGAUGGGCCAGGGGGGCCGCCUCCGCCGGUGCCCCCGCCGCCCACCCCGGGCUCGCCGGUGUCGAUGCCGGCCCCGGUGCCGGCCCCGGAUGACGGGUCGCACCUGCCCGCCGGGGCCCCGGCCCCGGUGCCUGCCGGGGCCCCGGCGGCCGGAGAUCGGCCCCAGUCGGAUUUGCCGCGCGCCGGUGUCAUGGUGUCCUUCCGGCUCCGUCGAGCGACCAUUCGCCUGGCGCCGGUGCUGAUCGAGCUGCCGGUGAUGGAGCUGCACUUGUCCCUCCGUCGCCAUCAGGCCCAGAUGCCGCUGGCGUCGUUGGCCGCGCUGGCCAGCGGCCUGCCGGCCAAUCUGGUGGAUCUCUGGGCCGGGCCCUUUGCCCCGGCUGCCCAGCCGACUGCCGACCCGGAGACCCUGGUCCUCCCGCGGCAAACGGCCGACCGCCUGAGUGUGGCUCUUCACAUCUUCUCCGGCACCUACCUGUCCAUCGGGUCGAUCGGGGCGCGGGUGCGGGCCGGGGCUCAGCUUCGUGCCUGUCUCGAUUGGGGCCGCAUGGUUCGGCUGUCACGCUCGGGCGGGCUCAGCCACCGCUGGGUGCCGCUGGCGCCUCGCUUGCAGGCGCACGCCUUUUCCGACUCGCGCCGGGGCCAGUGUGCCGGCUGCGAUGACGACGCCGCCGUCGGGGCCGAGGGCGGUGCCGACACCAGCGCCACCUGCGUCGGGGCCUGUGUCCCGGCUCUGGCCUUCGACGUGCAGCCGGGCGAUGUGGUGGCCCUGCUGCAGCAGCUUGAUCGGACCCUGCGUGCGGCCGAGCCGCUGCUGGAAGUCCUGCGCGCUGGCGUGCCUCUCUUCGCGCCCGGCGCCGGGCUGGGACCGGAUGAGCUGUCGCCCGGGAGCCCGGGCCCGGGCUCGCCGCCGUCUCCCGGGCCGGCCGCAAGCCCCGCUGAUGCACCGGCCGCGGGGCGCUCCCCUAACGAUGCGCCGACGCUGACGCGGAUUUCCAGCCUCUCGGCCGGCACUCGGGCCGGCUUGACCCGGCGCGGGUCGUCCGGCUCCACCGACCGGGAGACCGGGGCAGCGGUGGCCACACGGCUCGGAGCCGGCCGGCAUUCCGGCACGGCCCCCCCUUCGGCGCCGCACCUGGCCCGGCGCAUUGCCUCGUCGCAGUCGCAUCCGGACUUCCCGAGCUCCUUCGGGUCGGUGCGCUUUGCGGCGGAGGCAUCCGGACCCGGGGCCGGGUGUGGAUCCGGGCCGGGGCCGGGGCCGGGGCCGGGGCCGGCAACAAGCGAGCCGCCCAUGCCGGGGCCCGGUUCCGAGGCUCCGGCGCUGGGCCUGCGCUUCCGCCUCGGGGUGUAUGUUCGCCCGCCGCCCCUGUGCAUCACCUGGCCGACCGCCAUCGGGUCCUUCGUGCUGCGCUUCGGCGUGGCCCAGAUCACCGAGCGCGGGAUUUGCCACGCCCGCCUGACGGCCUCCGUCAACCAGCAACCCUCUCCGCUGCUGGCUGACCGGGCCUCCCCGGCCGAUGGCAAGAGCCUGGACCUGGUGCAUGUGUCCCUGCGGGAGCUUCGAAUUGGGGCCGAGCAUCGGCACUUCCGCGGGUCCCUUGACGAGCUCAUCGCCCGGGUGGCUCUGACCCAUGAGCAGGCCCUUCAGGCCCUGGUUCUGUCGCUGUUGCCGCUGCUGCACUUCCGAUCGGCCGGCGCGAAGGCCUGGGCCACCGAGCGCACGGGCACAUCACCGGGCCUGCCACCCGGGAACCCGGAUGCCGGGGCAUCCACCACGUCCCUCGGCUCGUCGUCCUCCGCCGCCGCCGCCGCCGCCGCCGCCGCCACUGCCACGGCCACCGGCGGGGCUGGCCUGCCCUCGCCCUCGCCAAGCAUGGCCUCCUCGACGACGGCCGCGGCGUUUGUGGUUUUCCAAAUCCGCGGCAUCGAUGUCGGCCUGACGCGCGUGGCUGCCGAAGAUGCGCCGGCGCCGGCGCCUGAGGAUCUUGCCGCGCGCGACCCGCUCGGCUCCUCGGGCCAAGCCACUGCCCCGGGGGCCCUGCCCCAGCGUGCACUCUCCCGUGCUCGCCGAACGCGAACCAUCUCCCUGUCCGAGCAGACAUGGCACUCGCUGGCCUCUGGCGCCGGGUCUCCAGUGGCGGCCGCCGUCCUGGCCACCAGCACGGCCAGCAGUGCCAGCAGCCUGCGCAGUGGCUCGCCGCCCAUCUCGCGUGCCGCCAGUCCGACCCCCUUGCGCUCGGGCUUCCGGCCUUUGGUCGACUCGGCGAGCCACGGCUCGCUGGCGGCAUCGGCCCCGGUGUCCGACUUGCCCGGCGGCGAACCGGCCCCGGGUGGCCUGCGCCUGGGGAUCUCCUUCCAUGGGCUACACCUGUCGGUGGAGCAUGCUGGCGGGCUGGGCGGGGCCCCAUCGGCCCCGGGCCGGGCCCGAGCUCCCGGGCCCUCGGGCUUGGAGUCCGCCUCCGAGUCUGACCGCCUGGUGUCGCGACUGCUGGAGGGCCGCGACGCGUCGGCGCGCGUCGGCCUGUCGCGCCUGACGGUGGCGGUGUCCCGGUCACCGGCCCUUGGCGGGCGUGGGGACAUCCGCAUCCGCGAGCCGCAUGUCAUCAUCGAUGGCCGGCUGGUGGGCACCCUGCUGACGGUCUUCCUAAUUGCCGACCGUCUGUAUGACCUGGUCGAGGGGUAUCGCACGGGGAAGCGCUUGCCCGUUUCCUCGGCCGCCUCUUCGCCGGCCACGCCGCGCGGGCCGAUGUCGCCGCUGGCCCCGGUGUCCGGCUCGCGCGAGACGGUCGACAUGGCGGAGCCCACAUCGCCGACCUCCUCCUCCGCCUCGACGUCAGACCCAUCGCCGGCCCCGGUGCCCGCCGCUUCUGCCGCCGUGGCGCUCUUCGACCCGUGGUCCGUGCGCCAGCUGCGCGCCGAUGUGGACCCCCUGCUGUUUGUCAUUCGCACCACCCGACUUUCCGGCUCGAAUGCCACGCCGUCCGAUGCCCCGGCUCCGGAGGCCUCGGGACACCAUAUCCUCUUCCGGUUGCCGCGGCUGCGUGCACGCCGUCGUGGGGCAUUGGCCGUUGUCCGCACCACGACCCCUCUGGAUGUGGCCCUGUCGCCGGAAGGCGUGACCGGCUUCGUCAGCGAUUGCGUGGAGUUCCUGCCGGAUGCCCACCGUCAGGGACAGGCAACCAAGCGCCUGCUGUCGUCCCAAAGGGCACCCCCCUCGAUGGCCGAAAUGGCCGAGGCUCGCCUGCAGCAGCAGCGGCAGCAGCAGCAGCAGCAGCAGCAACAGCAGCAGCGCCCGGCCAUUGGCGAGGGCAGUGCCCCGCUGGCGGUUGGCGAGCCCCCUUUGAAGGUGGUGGUUCGCGUGCUCCCCGUGCAGCUGACCCUUCUCCCGCCAAACAUCGACCCGGCCGGUCUGGGGACUGACGGUGCCCCGGCCGGACGCCGGGCCCCCUCCAGGUGGAAGGUGACCUUCGGCCUGGAUCAAGGCCUGCGAGCGGUGGUGUGCUUGGCUUCCGAUGCGCCGGCGGACCUUGGCCCGGCAUGCUUGUCUGGCCUGUCACUGGCCAGCCUGGCUGUGUCGGUCCCGGCCGUGGCCGCGCGCUUGGAAGCGGUGACCACCGGCCCGGAGAAGACCGCCCCCACGGCCUCCGGGCCCGGUGUCGCGCCGGCCCCGCCGGUGGACCCGGGCUCCGGCCCGACCGUGGCCAGCUUGAGCCUUCAUCAGAUCACCCUGUCGGCCGAAAGCCGCGCCGGGCUCUUUGCCUCGGGUCCUGAUGGCUCUUUGCGCCGGGAGCAGACGUCCCUGGUGUUGGCGGUGGCGUCGGCCGAUCUGUCGGCCCACUGGCGACACCUUCGCAGCUUGGAAUGGCGCCAGAUGGAGUCCGCCUGGAUAGCUCCCUUUGUGGAGAUUGUGUCCGAUGCCAAGGCCCGGGCGCUCUUCCGGCUGGUGACGCUGGCGCCCCCGGGACCGGCCGCCACCCCGGCCCCGGGGACCGGCCCCGACAUGGACGUUCUCCCGGCCGCCAGCCACUCGGCCACCCAUUCUCCGGAUAUGGUUCUCUUCGAGAAGGGGCGCCUGCGGAUGGCCCUGUCACUGGCCUCGGCUCGGGUGGCUCUCUUUUCCACGCGAGGCAAUCGGCCACUGGUGGAAAUCCUCCUUGCGAAAUUGCUCUUCCGCGCGGCUCUCACCACCCUGCUGCUGUACCCGGCGCCGGAGGAUGUGGGUCCAUCCCCGUCGCCCGGCGGCUCGCCCCCCAACAUGGAGGCCGGGCCGUCGUCUGGUGGUGGCGGCAACGGCCCGGUCGCCGCGGCGGAUGCCCGGCAAACCAAGCAAACACGCCUCUCACAGGCAGGCCUGUCUCUGGAGCGCCUGGCUGUGGCCGUGGCUCACGCCGGCCGGCCGGGCUUCCUCGCCGAGUUGGUCCUGCGUGACUUGUCCCUUUCGCUGAGAAACCGCUUCCGCAAGUCGGCAAAGGCAUCGGCCUUCCUGAGGGCGGUGGCAUUGCACAUGGACAGCAUGUCCUCUGGGACCACGACCGCCGCCGCCGCCGCCGCCGCCAGCACCUCUGGGCCAUCGACGACCCUCUCCGGCCGGCGCCUGGCCCGCGCACGCCUUGGCCCCAUCUCCCUGACGGCCACCGGCCAGUGGACCCCCCUGGCCGUGGGCUUCGCCGAUCUUCCCCUUGGCAAGGCUCGGCCACCGGCCGCCGCCAGGAAUACCCCCUGCUCCGGGUUCGCCGGGCUCCUGCUGCUGGAUGUGGAUGCCGUGUGUGGAGGCCUCAAUGUGGAUCUGACGCGCGAGGCCCUGCGCGUGGCACUGCGCAGCGCCCGGCAGGCGUCUGCCCUUCUGCGCGCGGCCUCCAGCUCCGCCUCCACCGGGACCUCUUUGUCUCUCCUCUUGGGAAGCUUCCUCCCGGCCAGCCAGGCCGCCGCGGCACACCCCCAGCACCAGCCCGCCUCCGGGGGCCCGGCCGCGCCGGCCCUGUCGGCGAUCGAUGCCGCCGCCACCGGUGCCCGCACACUGCUGCACUACACCGGCAUCUUCGCCCGGACGGACAUCCUCUCUUCGGUGACGACCAGCGUGCGCCUUCUUGCCACGCGUGUUGUGCUGGCCAAGUCCUCGCUGGCUCGUCGUGGCCCCGGAGCAGCCGGGUCGGUGGUUGCCCGGCUGGAUGCCCUGGCCCUGACGGCUCUCCUUUCGGCGCACCCGAAUGGCACCCUGUCGGAAUUGGCCCAAGAGCUCAUGGUGGCCGAGUUGCUGGCGGCCGAUGUCCUCCGACAGCUGGCCCUGCUGUCUUUGCCGGCCGGCACGCUGUCCGGGCUGACCCGUCGGGUGCAGGCCAUUUUGGCCAGUCCAAAUGCCGCGCCGGUGAUCGAGCGCAGUGUCAAUCUCUCGCUCGAGGGGCUGCGCGUUAUCCGGCGCCUGCCGCUGGUCGCCGGCAAGGGUGGCGCCGCGCUGGCAAUCAGUGACUCGGCCGAGCCGGGGGCCGGGUCGAUGCCGGGCACGGGGGCCGAUCUUCCCCCGGGUGGGGAAUCGACCGAGGCGCUGACCGCCUUUUCGCGUUUGCCCACCUUUGCCGCGGAUGCCGGGACCGAUUUCAUUGGCUCGGAGAAUGUGGCCCUCUUGCCGCAGGCUGAACUUCUGCUGGAUACCUGGCAAAUGUCGCCGGACCUCCUGCGCUUCAUGAUGCAGCUGGCCAUCGGCCAAACAGCCGCCAACCCCCUCGGCAUCCUUCCCCUGCCUCCGGUGUACUACACCCUGAAUUUGGACUAUGGCGGCCGACCGGCCGAUCUCACGCUGCACGGCGGCCACUACCACUUCAUGACGGAGCUCAUCCUGUCGGUGGUCGGCCUCUUCCGGGCGGAGUCGGCCUCUGCGCACCGGCGGCCCGGCGGCCCGGGCGAUGCCGGACCCGCACGCCCGGGCGCCAGCUCCGGCGAUCCCCUGUCUUCGGCCACGGUGGCCUCGGCCCUGGCAAAUGCCGAGCAGGUGGCGGCCUCGGCUGCGGCGGCCGCUGCUGCGGUGGCCGCCCGUCGCGGUGGCGCCGGCGCCUCGGCUCCCCUGCAUGCCUCCAUCCCUGUGCCGGUCCCUCGCGUGCCGGCUGUCGCCGUGCCGACCACCGUGCCACCGGCUGCCGAUGUGCCCGCGGCCGACGCCACCGAGGCAGCCAUCCGCAUGAAACCACUGGUGGAGCCCCGGCUGACCUUGCCGCGGAUUUCGGCCCUCGGCGCCACCACCGACACGAUCGUCAACUUGGUGGACUGGUUUUCGGCCAAGCGCAAGACCUCCGGCGAUCCUGGCGACGCCGCUCCGGGGCCUGCCUCGGCCGGGGCCGAGGCGUCGACAUUGCCCGUGGCCACGGGCAGCGCCUCGCUCACGCCGGGCGGCCCUGAGCAGCAAGCAACCCCGGCCUCGGCUGUGGAAGCCUUGACCAAGGCCGAUUCGCUUCUGACCAUGGCGGCCACAGACCUGGCACUGACGGCUCAACGCCUCCUUGCCGGGCCUGUGGAGCAGCUUUUGGACCAGGCAGUUGAUUUGCUCGUGUAG